CUCCAUUCCUCCUCUCCCUUGUCUUCUCCUCUCUCCCGACUUUGUUGCAAUUGCCAGCAUCAUGGCCACAAGCGUGGAUGCGAAGCUGCUGCGGCGGACCAAGUUCCCGCCCGAAUUCAGUCGCAAGGUCGACAUGACCAAGGUCAACAUUGAGGUCAUGAAAAAAUGGAUUGCAGGAAAGAUUUCUGAGAUCCUGGGCAAUGAGGAUGACGUUGUCAUUGAGCUGUGCUUCAACCUCCUCGAGGGAACCCGUUACCCCGAUAUCAAAUCGCUACAGAUCCAACUCACAGGCUUCUUGGACAAGGAUACGGCAAAUUUCUGCAAGGAACUCUGGUCGCUCUGUCUAAGUGGUCAGGAGAAUCCUCAGGGUGUUCCCAAGGAGCUGCUGGAGGCCAAGAAACUCGAGCUCAUCCAGGAAAAGCUCGAGGCAGAAAAAGCAGCCGAACAAGCGCGACGACAGAAGGAACAAGAGCAACGGCGGGAGCGGGAAAUGGAAGACCUGCGGCGGCGCGACCGUUCUGAUCGAGGGCGUGGAGGAAGAAGAGGCGGGCGCGGGGGUGGGCGCGACUUCGAGCGUCGUCCAUCGCCACCCCGACGACGCAGUCGUGAACGGUUUCGCGAUGCGCCGCCAUCCCGGCGUGACUUCGACUCAUACGUACCAUCGCGGCGAAGCCGACGGCCCAGCCGCUCCCGAUCUCGCUCCGUCUCUUCGUCACGAUCCCCGCCCCCUCGUCGCCAACAACGCUAUUCCAGCAGGGACAGGGACCGACGCCGACGCCGCCGGUCGGCCAGCGGUUCCAUCUCCCCGGAACGCCGGCGGUCCGCCCCUCGCCGACGCGGCAGCCCGGACUAUGGUGAUCGAACGAGAUCGCAGGAGAUCGCGAUCGGUGUCGUCGCGCAGCUCAUCCCGUUCACCGCCCCCGCCUUCUUCCCGGGACCGGCGCCGGAGGGGCUCUUCGGCCUCGGAUGAUGACCGGGGCGCUCCGCGACGGAGACGAUCCUCGCCUCACCAUUCUUCACGCGCGCAUAAGAAAGAAUCACCAGCUGAUGUUGCAAAGGUUCGC